GUUCUCCAGCUUUUUCAGAUAAUGAAACUCCAAGGAAGAAAGCAAAGCAGAAAUCACCUGAAUCCAAAAACAAAUUACAGCCAUCACUCUCGCUUAAUUCAAAUGCUGUUGAUGAUAAUACUACAUUCAAACAUUUAAAUAAUUGUGAAAUCCCAGAAAAAACGAUGAAUCUGCAAAAGUUCCGAAGAAGGCAACCAAGCAAAUUGAGACUGAAUCAAAUCUGAAUAAAACUGGAUCAAUCGCCAACAAAAAGAUGGUAAAAAGUCCUGAUAGGAAAUCAAAAAAGAAGCGAAUAGUAUCAGCUGCAAGGAUAGCAUCAUCCUCAGACUCAGAUAGCUCCCAAGAAAACAGAAACACCACCAAGGAAACAAAUUCCAUAUUUAACUCAUCCAAUAACGAGCAAAAUAUCAAUGCUAACAAAAAUCCGAUAAAAACAAAAGAAACAUCUUCAAGUAAAGCACCAAUAAUUGAAUUUGACGGGGAAUGCAAUGGUGCUUUGGAUGACCUGAUGAAGACAUUAAUUGAAAGUGAUGAUUUCAAAAUAAAAGAGGAAUAUUAUGAAGCGUCUAGUAUUAGGGAAACUUCAACAAUUAGGAAAACAGAUCGGAAAUACCAAGCAAAUGCACAAUCCAAACUUAAAGAACAAAUUGAGAAACAGAGCCGCCUUUAUAAUAAAAUCGGUGAUGAUGAUUUGCAGUUAUUGAAAUAUUUGGUGGUUGAAAGUUCAUUUGAAAUUCCUGAACUCCACCGCAUUGAAACAUUUGUUAUGAAAGUACCGACCCCGGCAAUGUAUGAGGAAAUAGCUGCUCUCGGUGUGCCAGUUAAAAAGGGCGUAUAUAGUCCUGAAGAAACAGAGUUAGUAAUGAAUAACUGGACGAAAUUUUAUCGGAAACACGAUAUGCCAGCUAACCCAGAAUUGUUCAUGAAUUUGAACGUAAAAGACGCGAAUGGCAAGCGUUUAUUACCGCGUGAAGAAGGCAAGAAGUUUGCGCAAUUCUUGGCGCAAGGUUUGCCCAACAGAACGCUGCACAGUGUAUUUAGUCGCUUCAAAACUAUAUAUUCGACUGUAAAACGUGGAAAAUUUUCACAAGAAGAAGACGAUUUAAUUGUUGAAACACUUGAAACCAGUAAAGAUUCCCGGCAUAUAUUCGCACGCCUUGGAAAAGAAUUAAAUCGAGAUGGACUUUCGGUGGAAAAGCGCUACAUUUGGUUGCGGGAUCAAGGAACGCACGAUUUCAAAGUCGAUAAGAUAAGUCAUAGAGAAAGCAAUUUAAUAGUUCAAAAAAUGAUGAAAGAAAUGGAGUGCAAAGACAUCAACGAAUUAAAGUACGCACAAAUACCGCUUAGUGUGUUUAAUAAAAUUGGCGAGGAAAUACAGCUAAGACCUAUCCGAAUUAAACAUCACUGGUUACUGAGCCUGCAUCCAAAGCUCUUUGUCACAGGAACAAGGCAAAUGGCGGAGGUCAAAGCGCAAUUAAUCGAUUUGAUUCUUGCAAACCCCGAAUAUAAAACAAUGUAUCAUAUAAAAUAUCAAGACUUUGUUCCGCUUAUGGAUGGAUGGACGUCGCUGGCGCUCAGUAAAAUAAUGAGGAAUAUGAUGCAAGUUGGCGAAUAUGCUAACAGACUUCUAGAAGACUUUAGAGCUCAAUUGAUAUUGUACAGGCGGGACGUUUUGAAAGACCGCUCAGAAUUAAAACGUGCAAGUUUUAUAGACGGUCAGCUAUAUAUUGACUGAAACAAUGUUUUCUAAUGCAAUUAAUUCGUAUAUCAGAAUGGCAUAUUUUUAAAUAAAUCUUAUGUUUUGUGAAUAA